GGAUUGUUCUGCUGCUAACACACUCUGGACUUGCUUCAGAGUCACCUGAAGGGAGUGCAGAUCUGUGCCUGUGUAAAGAGACAGAUCAGUGUCCAGAAGGAAAAUACUUCUCCCACCAACUUUGCAUAGAGUGUCCGUCUGGUCAUUUUUGUCCUGGCAAUGUUUCUGCACCUCAUAGAUGUCCAGCAGGAACAUUCAACCUCUACACAGGGAAAAGCAGUAUCAGUGACUGCAAGCCAUGUUUUCCUGGUCUGAUCAGUUCUGAGGACAGAGCAGACUGUAGACUGUGUCCUGCGGGUUUCAAAUGUGAUCCAGCCAAAGGGAACCUCUCUUUAUGUCCACCAGGACAACAUUCUCCUGAGGGAGUCUUACAGUGUCUGGCAUGCCCUGUAGACUCAAUCUGCACCUCCGGGUUUCCCCUUAAGUGUGGGCCUGGCAAGGAGCCCAGUGCAGAUCAAACUGUGUGUAAUGACUGUCCUCCAGGCUUCUAUUCCAAUAUGUGCACUAUCCAGUGUCUGCUGUGUCCAGCAGGAAGUUAUUGUUCAGACAGUGCGAUGUCGCAGCCACUCCCCUGUCCUCCUGGUUGGUCUUCCACACAAGGACAGGCACAGUGCCACAGCUGUAAUGAUACAUCUUCACUGUGUGGGGGAGCUGUGAGUCCCCGCUUGAGCCAGCAAGUCCACAGGUCCAGUCACACAAUCAUCUGUCGACCAGGAACGUACAAAGAUACAAGGGAUGAGUCAGCUUGUGUGGUCUGUCCAAUAGGUUAUUACUGUGUUGGAGGUGUGGCUGUACCCUGUCCUGCAGGGACUUAUGGCUCUAAAGAAGGUCUGCAGAGGCUGACGGACUGUGCGAUCUGUCAUGCAGGGUUUUACUGUCUGGAAGGCAGCUCAAGGAGACCCACCUCUCAGUUUCUAUGCCCACAGGGCUAUUAUUGUGAGGAGGGCACCGCCACCCCUCAUGGGUCACCUUGCCCUGCUGGUACAGCGGGGGAACAACUGGGUCAGACAAGUAGGGCAGCUUGUAAGAGAUGCAGAGAAGGACGCUUUUGUCCUGCAGGCUCAUCUGGGCCAGGCUUGCCAUGUGCGCGGGGGAGAUACUGUCCUGCUGGUACCUUGGAAGAAGUUAUAUGUCCUCGAGGCACCUUCACCCCUCAUCAAGGAGCAAUAAGUGUGAAGGACUGUCUAAAAUGCCCGGCUGGUUUUUACUGUCCUGAGGGGACAAGUGACCCUGUGCCCUGUCCACCAGGCUCCUUCAACCCCUUAGAGGGACAAGAUGAGUUGGCUGAUUGUAGGGAGUGUUAUGCAGGGAAGGCCUGCACCCAAGUUGCUUUGAGAGCCCCUGAUGUGGACUGUAUGCAAGGGUUUGUGUGUCCCCCUGGUUCCUCUAAACCUAACGAGCCGACUAACGCCUGCCCGCCAGGGACAUUAAGCAAUCGCAGUGACCUUACUGACCGCUCUCAGUGUCAACGCUGUCCGGCACGCUAUGCCUGUCUUCGAGGAACCGGUGGUAUCCAGAGACCUCCCCUUUACUGCUUUGCGGGGCAUUAUUGUCCCGCUGGGACUAUGUUUCCCACCCAGUACAAGUGUCCUGUAGGGACGUGGAGUGGUCAGAGUGGACAGGAAGCUGAAAGUGAUUGUCAGCCGUGCCCACAGGGAUGGUACUGCUUGGCUGGAUCUGGAGCGCCGUCAGGUCGAUGCAGCUCUGGACACUACUGUCCUAAAGGGACUGCAUAUGGCACCCAGUUUCCUUGCCAGGCAGGCACUUACAGCAUCCAAAUGGGCAACAGACGCAGAGAAGACUGUCUGACUUGUCCUCAGGGCUCAUUCUGUCAACAGGGAACCUCCAAACCAUCCCCCUGCUCACCCUCCACAUUUCGCCGUCUGAAAGGAGGUCAGAGGCUGGAGGACUGCUCUGUUUGCCCUGCUGGCUAUUUUUGUCCCCUCUCAGCCACUGUCAACCCCAGAGUGUGUGGAGCUGGCAGCUUCUCUGAUGAGGGCUCUGUGGAGUGUUCUCCAUGCCUGCAGGGCCACUACUGCAGUAAUGAGACCACCAGUGAGGAAGCCAUGUUGAGUGUCAUGGUGUGCCCCCCGGGCUUCCUAUGCUCUCAGGGUCUGGCCAGAGACCCCCAACGCUCAGCCACUCUAUGUCCUCAAGGCUUUUACUGUCCUGGGGGUGGCAUUGAUCCUAACCCGAUUCCUUGCCCUAAUGGUACCUACAGUGAAUCUCCUGGUCUGCGUGAUGCCAGCGAGUGUGUGCAGUGCCCUGAUGGAAAGUACUGUUACUCCCAGCAGCCUCUGGAACAGCCUAUUACGAGGCCUACAGGAGCAUGUCCUCAUGGGCACUACUGCCCUCCAGGGACUGGCUACCCCUACACCUACCCCUGUCAGGCAGGCCAGUAUAGGAAUAACACACUUGGCCACAGUGGAGAGGCGUGUGUUUUGUGUCCAUCAAGGCAUUACUGCAACAGGCUUGGAACUCACUUGCCAAAAAUCUGCCACCAGGGAUUCUACUGUCCAGAGGGCACUUCUACUCCUGAUCCGUGUCCUGAGGGGACCUACAGUUCUCGCUCAGCUCUCAGUGACUUGUCUGAGUGUUCUCCUUGUGGAGGAGGCUGGUACUGCCGUGGUGUGGGAUUAACAGAGCCCUCUGGAGUCUGCCAAGAGCGCUUUUACUGCAGAGAGGGUGCCAAGUCUGCUACUCCUCCUGAUGGACCAACAGGAGGUUUGUGUCCAGCUGGAACUUACUGUCCUCUUGCUUCGCCCUCUCCCCUCCCUUGUCCUCCCGGGACCUUCAGCAACAGCACCGGCCUCAGUCACCCUGAGCAGUGUGUCAGCUGUCCACCAGGUUCCUAUUGUUUAGGUUCAAACAACACCUCCCCGACAGGUCUUUGUUUCCCUGGUUUCUACUGCACUGGUGGCUCAGCUUCACCAGUUCAGAACGAGGCAGACGAGGGGGCUCUUACUCUGACCAGACUGGUGUUGAUGCUGUGCAGCUCUGUCGGCCCUGUGAAGCUGGGUGGUUCUGCAGCAGAGUUGGUCUCACCAAGCCCCAGGGUCUUUGCAAUCCAGGGCAUUACUGCAGCUCUGGAGCCUCCACUGCCUCUCCUGUAA